AUGGCGGAUGCCCCGCCGCCCCAGGAGUUCACGGAUUGGCUCGCACGCCUGAACCUGCUGUCAUACUUGGACCAGGCACAGGAAUGGUGGAUCGACAACGGUGCCAUCAGUUUGGCGGAAGUCUUGGAGAACUGGCAAGACUUCGCAGACGACCUAGGUCUGAAGCCUCUGGAGAGGAAGCGGAUUGAGAAAGAUGUUGGACGUGUGCUAAGCCCUCACGUGGAGACUCGUGGCAAGCUGAGCCAGCAAGUCCUAGAGUGGAUGCAAGAGCUGCACUUGGUACAUCAUGCGGAUUCCCUGGUGGAGUGGUGCGACGAGAAUGGGGCCUCGUCCAUGGAUGAAGUCAGGGCGAACUGGCGGAGCUUCGUGGAGAAGAUGGACCUGAAACCUUUGGAGCGAGCGCGCCUGGAGAAGGACGUGCGCCAAAGAGCUGGGACGGACACAGUGUCACAACUUUCCAGUACUUCACCUUCUCCGGUGCCGAAGCGCUCGGAGCCCGCACCAAUGUCGGUGGUGCCAACGAGGCCGGCAGAGAAAUGCUUUGGGCCUCCAGAGAACCCUUUGAUGUACACGCUGAUGGAAGAGAUCGGAUUUGGCGUCACUUCCAAGGUCUACAAGUGCCAACGGGGGCAGGACAUCUUCGCGGUCAAGGCCAUCAGCCUAAAGAAGCUGCGACACCAGCCAUGCUUUGCUCGAGUUUCCGACAGGCUGCACCAGGAGAUCGAGAUUCUACUGUCCCUGAAACAUGAGCGCGUCGUGAAGCUGGUAGAUGUUGUUGAGGAGUAUGACUACCUCUAUCUCAUCAUGGAGCUUGUCUCCGGGGGCGAACUGGGCGAGUGGAUUGUGAAGAAGGGCUCCUUCACUGAGAACAUGGCUCGCCACGUCUUCGUGCAGCUUGUGGAAGGGCUUUCCUACAUCCACUCCAAGGGCAUCAUUCAUCGAGAUCUCAAGCCGGACAACGUUCUGGUGGACGAGGCUGCAUCAAAGCUGGAGCAGCUGGAAGUAAAGCUGUCCGAUUUCGGGCACUCGCGGCUCAUCAACGAUGGCUUCAACACGAGACACACGGCUCGCGUGGGCACGGCCAUGUACUGGGCGCCAGAGGUCUGCGAUCCGGAGAAGGCGGCGCUCGGAUACGACCAGACCGUGGACCUUUGGAGCUUGGGGGUGGUCUUGUACGUGAUGCUUAUCGGCUUCUUCCCCUUCGACAGCGGGGACCACCGCGGGAGCCGUAUGCAGCAAAGCCUGGACAACAUGACCUUCCAGCGGCGGACAUCGGGGCCAGAGCUCACACCCGAAGCGCAGGACCUCAUCCGGUCCUUGCUGGUCGUUGACCCGCAGAAGCGAAUGUCUCUGAAGUGCUGCUUGAGUCACACGUGGACGACUUCCGGAGCCAAAGUGGAGAGCAUGUUCAUGAAGUUAGAGACGGACCCGCGCCAACCGACGGCUGGAGAGGUCCAUGUGCCUCUUCCUGUGAAACCUAAUCCGGAGGAGCUCCAGGAGCUUCGAAAGGAGCUUCAGCAGUGGAUGAUCAAGUUCCGGCGCUUCGCGGCAAUCCGCCAAGGGGAGGUCAUCGCCAACCUCGGUGAUGAGGCAGGCCAGCCCGGCAACAAAGACGCACGCCAACAGCUGCAAGCAAUCGUCGAGCGUCGGUGUGGACGAGGUAUGAUUCUGGUGAAUGACCAGAAGAUGUGGAACGCCAUCGCCGAGUCGAAGAACGAGAAGAUGCACUGCCCGCUGACCAUCCUCACGAGCAGCAGCCCCCGGCAGCUCGCGCCCCGGCGCGAUGGCAGCAAUGCCAGCACGCCAAGCCCGGGGGUGCCGCGAGGCCCCAAGCAGGUGACGAAGGAGCCUGCAGACAGAGAGGAGGGCAGAAGCAAAGGGAUCCGUGGAAAGCAUACUGAAGGCAGAGACGGAACGGAUACAAGGGAUGGCUAUGCCGGCGCAAACCCGCCUGAGAAGGGCAAGGGCCAAUCCAAGGCUCCAUCUGAAGCCGAAGGUGCCAGGUUUGUGGUGUCUGCACUGCAAGGCACAUGGGAGAGUCAGCGUGAUUCAUCCGAAACCUAUGUCGUUCAAAACUUGGAUGUGGUUCGGCACCAGCGGCAACGCGGCAGCGUGCAGCGCAGGCCUUUCAGCCUGAGGUGGAACGUUUCAAAGCAGUGUCUGGAAUGGGGAAGCGGCAAGUACUUUCUGCAGCCACCGAGCAGCCUGCCGAUGGACGAAGCCGUGUGGCUCGCAAGCUCAGGCGGAGCUGGAUUUGCUUGGCGCCGAGUAUCAGGGAAAGGUGGCCCCGGCACAUGCCUGCCGAGGGCUACAGUCAAAGGUACGGGCAAAUCCUCCGGGGAGGCGAAGGUAGUGGAAGCUAACCCAAAUGAGGGCGACGCCGUAGUGCUACGAUACUAG